AUGAUACAACAAUUAGAGAAUGGCUUCAGUAUAAGGCCAAUCUCUUUGAACGAUUUUGAAGAGGUUAAGGAUACUUUAUCCGCAUUGACAGUAGUUGGAGAGAUAAGCCCCGAGAUAUAUGCUAGCUUAUUGAAAUAUUGGGAUACUUUAUAUUUAGAUGAUAAUAAGACUAAAGUUUACAAUGUCCACGUUAUAGUUGACUCAAGUGGUACUAUAUGUGCAGUUGGUACUAUUUUCCUCGAAAAAAAAAUUAUUCAUUGCGGUGGUAUUGUUGGACAUAUUGAAGAUAUUUCAGUAAAUAAGAAAUGCCAAGGAAUGAAACUAGGGAAAUUAUUGAUAGAACAUCUUACAAAUGUUGGCAGGAAAGCAGGCUGUUACAAGAUUAUAUUAGAUUGUGAUGUUAAAAAUACUGGGUUUUAUGAAAAAUGUGGGUAUUCCAAUGCCGGUGUUGAAAUGCAAAUAAGAUUUUAA